UUCCUGUGUUGAGAGCUAAGAAUGAGCCAUUCACAGCGCUACUGAAAAUAUAACACAGCUCCACGGAAUAACUGUUUAUAUUCGUGACUCUAGUGAAUUCAACAGGUGCAUCAUCAUGUCUGGUGGUCCAGCUGUGCGGGUCAGCAUCGAGUCUUCCUGCGAGAAGCAGGUGCAGGAAGUGGCCCUGGAUGGGACAGAGACAUACGUCCCUCCUCUGUCCAUGUCCCAGAAUUUAUCAAAGUUGGCGCAAAGGAUUGACUUCAGCCAGGGAUCCGACUCAGAGGAGGAAGGUGUCGAGGGGGAACCCAGGGACCGAGAGUGGGGGAAGCAGGAGCAAGAAGAAGAAGAAGGUACAGUGAAGUUUCAGCCUUCUCUUUGGCCCUGGGACUCAGUGCGUAACAACCUUCGCAGUGCCCUGACAGAGAUGUGUGUUCUUUAUGAUGUGCUCAGUGUGGUGAAGGAGAAGAAGUACAUGGCUUUAGAUCCAGUGUCUCAGGAUCCAACAGCUGGCAAGACGCCUCAGGUGUUCCAGCUGAUCAGUAAGAAGAAAUCACUGGGUACAGCAGCGCAGCUCCUCAUGAAGGGAGCAGAGAAGCUCAGCAAGUCAGUCGCAGAGAACCAGGAGAACAGGAGGCAGCGAGACUUCAACUCUGAGCUGCUGCGACUCCGAUCACAGUGGAAGCUACGCAAAGUCGGAGACAAGAUCCUGGGAGACCUCAGCUACCGGAGUGCAGGUUCCCUUUUUCCUCAUCAUGGCACAUUUGAGGUGAUCAAAAACACUGACAUCGAUCUAGACAAGAAGAUCCCGGAGGACUACUGCCCCCUGGAUGUCCAGAUCCCCAGUGACUUGGAGGGAUCAGCUUAUAUCAAGGUGUCCAUCCAGAAACAAGCCCCCGACAUCGGUGACCUGGGAACCGUCAACCUGUUCAGGAGACCGCAAAAGAACAAGAGCAGCACGCAGCCGUGGCACGUGAAGCUCGAGGCGGCUCAGAACGUUUUGCUCUGUAAGGAGAUCUUUGCCCAGCUGUCCAGAGAGGCUGUUCAGAUUAAAUCCCAGAUUCCUCAUAUUGUUGUGAAGAACCAGAUCAUCUCUCAGCCGUUCCCAGGUCUGCAGCUUUCAAUCUCGCUGUGCCACUCUACCGGAGAGAAGAAGAACAACCGGGCGUCUCCAGAGAAGUCCAAACCGGACAACCACCUUUACGUACUGGAACACAAUCUGCACCAAAUGAUGAGGGAGUUCCACAAGCAGCAGCUGAGCUCUGUGGUGAUGCCACAUCCUGCCAGCGCCCCCUUUGGCCACAAACGCCUGCGUCUAGCAGGACCGCUGGCCUACGACAAGACUGAAAUCUCCAACUUACAGCAGAGUGAGGGGCUGCUGGAGAAGAUCAUCAAACAGGCCAAACACAUCUUCCUACGUAGCAGGACGGCGCGGACCAUCGACAGCUUGGCCAGCCGGAUCGAGGAUCCUCAGAUUCAGGCUCACUGGUCCAACAUCAACGAUGUGUACGAGUCCAGUGUCAAGGUGCUCAUCACCUCGCAGGGCUACGAGCAGAUCUGCAAAUCCAUCCAGCUGCAGCUGAACAUCGGCGUCGAGCAAAUCAGGGUGGUUCACAGAGACGGACGCGUCAUCACACUGUCACACCAGGAGCAGGAGCUGCAGGACUUUCUCCUCUCGCAGAUGUCACAGCAUCAGGUUCAUGCAGUUCAGCAGCUGGCUAAAGUAAUGGGCUGGCACGUCCUGAGCUUCAGCAACCAUGUGGGUCUGGGCCCAGUGGAGAGCAUCGGAAACGCCUCCGCCGUCACUGUUGCUUCUCCCAAUGGAGAAUACGCCAUCUCAGUGCGUAACGGCCCGGAGAGCGGCUGUAAAGUUUUGGUCCAGUUCCCUCGCAGCCAGACCAAAGAGCUGCCGAAGAGCGACAUCAUCCAGGACGCCAAGUGGAGCCACCUCAGAGGGCCGUACAAAGAGGUCCACUGGAGCAAGAUGGAGGGACGCAACUUCGUUUACAAGAUGGAGCUCCUCAUGGCUGCGCUGACUCCGUGUCCUUAGAUACAACCUGACUCUCCUCUGAACUGGACAGCCAACAGCUCUCACACAGACUCCACAGAAACCUCAGAUUUGCAAUGAUACAGUCCUACUUGUAAAAACAUGUCUCUCCUUCUUCCACUGGUUUUUAUAAUCCAGCUCACUGACUGCUAUAAGCUCAUUUCCACACAUCGUAGUAUCUGCUGCCUGCUCUGUUUUUGAAGAUGUGUAGUGUGUGUUUACCUCCAACAGUUUGAUACAAAAUAGAAAGCAACGCCUCUCAGUUCGUACGUAUUUGUGCCGAUGAAUAUUUUGCUCUUAAGAAUAAAGCAAUGAAUUUACAGAGAGGAA